UCUAUCAAUGUUUAACUCUGUCAUUGUACCUGUCCUAGAAACCCCUCACAUGUUUUAAAUGGUAGCCUCAUGCUUUCAACAUGUUAUGUAAAUGACCUUAAACCAUGUUUUACGGAUUCCUGCUUCUGUUGCAAACUUUGAACAGAAAAGCAAAUCCUCUUGCCGGGAUGUUUACAUUAGGCAUUAGCUGAAAAUGUGAUCAUCUAUUAGGAAUAGACUAAUUUUAAAUUGCUACUUUCUCACCUGCAGCUUACAUGUUCAUUUAAGCUCGCAAAACAGUAACCAGGUUCUAUCCUUUUUCCAGUUUGGCUUUGCUAAAUCUGCUGAUAUUCUGACAGGGGCAGGCUCUAUUUAACAUAGAAAACGUUUUACAUUAAUGAUAUCAUAUCAGAUUUCCAUAAUGCUAUUUUUUCUAGAAUAGAAUGUUUGAAAGUUUUUUUUAUUGGAGUUUGGAAUCACACUCCCCUAAUCCAUCAUCGAGGUAGAAGAGAACCAAGAGACACCUAAGAUUAGGCAUUCCAGAUUGGCAGUGGUAGUUUUUUAUUUUUUAACGAUUCUGGCAGUUGUGAAAUCUCAUGCUACAUUAUCAAAGUAUGCCGGAUCUGCAUAUUUGUGUAUAAGUAGUCGUUUAGGUUUGGAUGAUUGUGGGGAGCAUUCCAGUGAAAGCACAGUCCAGUCCACCUAGAGAUGGGGCUUGUUACUGCUACAGGAUUGGUGAUCCUGAUGUUAUGUUCCCUAGUAGGCUCUAGCCAAGGCAACUGUGCGUUUCCAGCAAUUUUCAAUUUUGGAGAUUCCAAUUCAGAUACAGGCGGCUUCUACGCGGCUUUCCCUGUCUUGCACCGUCCGUACGGAAUGACAUUUUUUCAUAAGCCUGCAGGUCGAGCAAGUGAUGGCCGCCUUGUAAUUGAUUUUUUAGCUCAAGCUUUUGGCUUGCCAUUUCUCAGCCCAUACUUGCAGUCGUUGGGCUCUGAUUUUCGGCAUGGAGCCAACUAUGCCUCGGAUGCUGGGACAGUUCUUCAACCCAAUACUUCAUUGUAUGUAACUGGAAUCAGCCCCUUCUACCUGGCAGUUCAGUUCAAUCAAAUGAAGGAUUUCAAGGUUCGCGCUCUUGAUCUUCUUUCAAAAGGAAAGCAUUUCGAUUAUCUACCAACCACAGAUGUCUUCAGUAAAGCUCUCUACUUUCUUGAUAUUGGGCAGAAUGAUUUCACCUCACAACUAGGUUGGAUAGGAAUUGAAGGAGUUAAGAAGUUUCUCCCUGAAGUAGCUUCUCAGAUUGGCGAAACUGUAAAGGAAUUAUAUGCAUUAGGGGCAAGGACAAUAUUUGUGGCCAAUCUUGCACCAAUUGGCUGCUUUCCAGCCUUUCUGACGGAGCUUGCUCAUAAUAACUCUGAUCUGGACACUUAUGGAUGUAUGAUUUCAUACAACGACGCAGUGUUGUACUACAAUAACUUACUCAAAGAGAAGCUUGAAGAAGUUCGAAAAGUCAUACCAGAUGCAUCUGUUGUAUAUGUUGACUCGCAUGCCGUUAAGUUGGAGAUCUAUACAAACCCAAAAAAACAUGGCUUUCUUUAUGGAACUAAGGCGUGCUGUGGCACCGGAGGGGAGUACAAUUUUAAUCAGCAGUUUUUCUGCAGCCAAAAGACUAAAAUAAAUGGUACAGAUUUCACAGCUCCAGUUUGCUCUGAUCCAUCAAGUUAUGUGAGCUGGGAUGGAAUUCACAACACCGAAGCUGCAAAUCUUUAUAUAGCAAAAGAAAUUCUCAGUGGCAAGUAUUUUCAGCCACAAUUUCCUCUAAACACUCUCUGUGAUCUCCAGCCAAUUGGGUGACUUGAGCUGAGAAGCAUAUUGUACAAAUUUCUUUGAAUAAAGCCUUUCAAUCACAGGGCUUCUCGCUUUAGUUGAGUUAUUAUUAACUCUGGCUUUGUCAAUUACAAAGCUGGUAAAUAUUUUUAUUAUCUUGGCAAGUCAACAAAAUCCUCACUCAUUUAUGUG